GACACGGCCAUUUGCCUUUGCCGGUGAUUGGCUUGAUGCUUCUCGUUGGCUGUGGAGCUUCCGAGGCCGCACGAGCCCGGCACGUGCACGCAUGGCAGCAUGGAGGAUGCAAUUGCAGGUGUUCCACGCUGGCGGGUUGGUUUUCCUUCUGCCAACCAACAGCGGCUUGACCCCGAACAAGCCCUGCCAUGGGCCCCGCGGGCCUCGAGCGCUGCGAUGUGCCGGCGGUGGAGGGCAAAGGUUUGGCCUGGCCCCAGCUCCGGCGCCAUGCUGCAGGUGUGGUGCUUACUGGCCUCUUUGCCGAACAUGAGCUGCUGCCGUGGAGACAGGAGGCCGUCCUUGCUCGCCACGGCAACGAGACCUUUUAUGCAGACAACACGAGGGGCAACUACGCACACCCCAAACUGGAGGAGUACGUGCGGCGCCAAAACGGGGAGCGCAUGAUCUUCGUGUCGGACACCCUGCAGGGCGCCUUCGGCGCCGCCUGGCGCUUCGCGUCGGGAUCCAAAGGAUCCGCGCGGCGGAAGCUUCUGCGGGACUUUGCGGAGCGGCCCAUCUUCUCCGUGGGCGUCGCCGGCUCCGGCGUGCCGAGCCACGACGGGCACCCGGAGACCUGGCACGCCUUGCUGAGCGGCGUGAAAGCUUGGUGGCUGGGCCCUUCGGGCGCAUCCAAGAUCCCAUCCUUCCGGGGCUGGGAGGACUGGAGUAUGGAGGACCCUUGCGGCGCGGCCUUCGGGACCUUGCAGGGCGAUUCUUCAGUGCCGGAGGGCGUGAAGCUCUGCAUCCAGCGCGCCGGGGAGGUGCUGUACUUCGGGGAAGGCGUGGAGCACAGCACCUGCAGCCUCAGCAACUUCAGCCUCGCCGUGGGUGCCCAGGGCCACACGGAACAUUGGCCCGAGCUGCCGCGGGCCGCCAACCGGGGCGACCUGAAAACCGUGCGGCGCCUACUGAAGCGGUCGCCUGCGGAGCUUGCAGAACGACAGCGCUUGCUGGACGGUACGGCAGGGAGGUACGGCCACUCCGCGCUGCACCGUGCGGCGCUGCACGGCUUUGCGGAGGUGGCGGAGGCGCUGCUGGCCGCCCGAGCCGACCCAACACUUCGGGACAGCGAGGGCUUGACGCCCAGUUGGCCGAACGCCAUUCCGCUGACUGCUUGUCAUUGUGCAGCUACCUAUUCCAGCUCACUUUCCAG